GCCCCAUCGUUGGUGUCAGUGAGGGGGGGGGAAACGGUUGCCCAUCGUUGGUGUCAGGGGGGGGGAAACGGUGCCCAUCGUUGGUGUCAGUGGGAGGAAAUAGUGCCCAUCGUUGGUGUCAGUGGGAGGAAUAGUGUCCCAUCAUUGGUAUCAGUGGGAGGAAUAGUGCCCCAUCAUUGGUAUCAGUGGGAGGUAAUAGUGCCCCAUCAUUGGUAUCUAGUGGGAGGUUUGAUAGUGCCCCAUCAUUGGUAUCAGUGGGAGGAAUAUUAGUGCCCCAUCAUUGGUAUCAGUGGGAGGAAUAGUGCCCCAUCAUUGGUAAAUUAGUUCAGUGGGAGGAACUAGUGUCCCAUCAUUGGUGUCAGUGGGAGGAAUAGUGCCCCAUCAUUGGUUUCAGUGGGAGGAAUAGUGCCCCAUCAUUGGUAUCAGUGGGAGGAAAA